GAGAAAAAGAGCAGUGGAUUCUGCUCCAGCCAUGUUGGAGAUUGAGGAGAACCUGCAAGCAGCUUUCAAAAAGCUAAGAGUUGAUGCAGAAGGAUCCACUGCUACUCUGUCUGUGAACGAGUCAACAUCUCUGAGACCGCUUGGAAGAACUACAGAUGAAACCAAACAGAAGAACACGAGUGCAUCUAAAGAGAGCUGGCACUGUUGUUUGAGGAAGCCCUUGAGAGGAACUGCGAGAACACGGCGGCGGCGGUCCAAGUCCCCAAUACUCCAUCCUCCCAAGUUCAUUCACUGCAGUACCCAGCCGCCUUCCUGCAGCCAGCCAGCGUCCAAGAAUUCCACCAGCCCCUCCGAAAGUAGCCCCGGCCCCGACAUGCCAGCUCCGAAGGAGUUCUCAACGAAUGAACAAGCCAGUCAUGUUCUCAGUGACACUGAUCCCGGGCAGAACGGCGCUGAGCAAUCUGAAGCAUCUGCUGUAGAAAUGCUGAAAAACAAACCUGAAGGUGGCGCUGUAUCUCUUCCCACGGCCAUUCUGAAAGCCACAGAUCUUGCUGAUUUCCAGUCUCUCUCUGAGCGAAGUAAAGGCAAUCUCUGUGCAUGCGCAGACGAGGCCUGCCAGUGUCAGCGAUGGCAGGACAUGAAAGUCUACACGUUUUCUGACCUCCAGAACUCUCUUCCAUCAGCACCUGAAAGAACAAUGCAUGCACAGGACAGCUCCCAGGUUCUCCUUUCAAGAACUCCCUCCAGCUCUCUUAGGUCUUGUUCUGAGCAAGCCAGGGCUAAUGUGGAUGACGUGACUAUUGAAGACCUUUCAGGGUACAUGGAGUAUUUCUUGUACAUCCCUAAGAAAAUGUCUCACAUGGCAGAAAUGAUGUACACCUAACAAC